UUUGACAAGUAAAGUUGAAAAAUGGCGAUCGUCAAAAAUAAGAGGAUCUUAAGCAAAAAUCGAUUUUUAAUAUUUACACGUUUUUUAUAGUUUUUGUCUUGAAAAAUGCCUGAAACCAUAAUCGAAAGUGUCCUAAGAGGAAAUUUAGACGUAGGCUUAUUAGUUAAAUGGCUCAACGACGAGUCAAUCGAGGAAACUGAAGAUUGUGUAUUAAAUUGCUGUGAUAAAAAUGAGUUUGUGUCCUAUUUCUUGGCUUAUUUGAGGAACCAAACGGACAGUAUCACACAAACGAACAGCACUGCAGCACAAUUACUACAGCACAGCACACCAGAACAGCUCUUCAGCUCGCAAAGGAAGCACCAUCGUUCAAUCAGCGAUCCGACUAGUGAGGAUCGAUCAAAGGAUAGCCUGUCAGUAAAGUCCGAGAAACACAGUAGCCAUGAAUCACCUAACAGAGACAGAAAAAGAGGAAAAAAAGUCAAGACGAAACUCUUCCCUGAAGAUCGAAACCUAUCAAUAUCUUCAGAUGAAUCUAAGCUUUGCAUCGGUGUUGAGAGGCUCGUCUUGUCGAGUACACCCUUAAAGAAUGGUCCGAAUCAUAUGGAAAACUCAAAUCUACUUAGUCCGGUAACACCUAGGUGCGAUACGCCCAGAAUCAACUACAAAUCUAGGUCGCACGAGAAAUGUCUAGGCGAUUUCAUGAUAAACAUCAAAAGUGCAAAGAAAAAAAAACCUAAAGAGCCUGAACCGAAAAUAGAAUUAGAUCUGAGUAGUUCUGAGUUCCCAGAAAUAGGUGCCAGAAAAGCCAGCUCAUUAAGAUCUGAGAAACGUAGGAUUAAGCCAACGAAUAUAGAUAAGAAUUCCCAGAAAAGUUGCUCAUUCAACAGCUUCACCGAAUUCCAAAGACCAUCACCAAUGGCUCUAGAGGACAACGCUUUGUUCCAACCUCAAAAGUUGCAGCCAAAAGAGGCUUCGAGCACCUUUGAUGCUGAAAGAAACAUACUGAAGCAAGAGAGACAUAAGCUAAUGGAGAAAUUCAAUAUUUUAAACACAAAUUCAACUUCUACACAAAGAAUUACGCCACAAAUCAAAGUAACGCAAAAAGAAUUUGAAAAGAGCAAAACAAUUACUAUGACCGAUGUCUCUAAUGUUUUAUUCAAAGAGAAAAUUGACGAAAUAGUUCUUAUUUAUGAGGUUAUAAUGAAAAACAAUUUAAUAUUAAGCAUUAACAAAGAAAUUUAUUUUUUAAUAACUAUAUUGAUAUCUAAGCAGUACGACGAAGAGUGUACCUAUGCCGAAAGCAAAUUGAGAGACAAUGAUUUUGAAUAUUUACUCCAAAGUGUUCAUAAUGCAACAUAUUUUGCUGUAAAAUCAUUGUGGCUUAAUCGUUUUGUGCUAGAAGUUAUUUUGGAUAAAAAUUCAUUAAAAACAUUGGGGGAAAACAAGAAUGUGAGAAAUUUUUAUCCAGAUCUAGCUAAGUUUCUACUGAAUUGCUACGGACUGAGGUGCGAAGCGGAGGCCAAUCAGGAGCGACCGCGGACGCAGGACGCGCGUCCGUCGAAUGGCGUCAUAUGUUUCAAUUCAGAGACGGACAACGCCGACAACUUCCCGAGCGCGCUGAGCUUUCAGAAUUUCAAAAAGCAGAGGGACAUGUUCUACGAGGCCUUGAGGUGGUACGGACAGGAGGGGGCGGUGCGGGCGCGCGCCCGGGGCUGCGUGGCGGGCGGGGGCGGCGCGCCGGACAACUGCAAGCACCUGGCCGCGCUGCUGCUGCGGCACAUGCUGGCCUCCUGUCUGCCCGGCGGCGACGGACUCUCACAGGAGUCGAAGCUGAGCAAGCUGCAGAGGCGGCUGACGUGCCCCAACGCGCCGGACCCGCACCGCCUGCCGCACUUCACGCCCGCAGAGAUGUUCUACAAAGAGUUCAUAGCGCACGCGGACGGCGACUCGUUCCGCGCGCACCUGCGGGACGCGCUCGCCACCGAGCUGCGGGCGCUCGACGCCGCGCACUUCAGCCUCGACGACAACCCGAACAACGAGAUAUCGAAGGAGUUUUUGAAGAUCUCAAAGAAGCUGUUCCUGCUGGCCAAGUUCCUGGGCUACGUGACGUCACUUCCGUACACCCAGUCGCCGGAAGCGACCAAAUCCAAUAUGAUCGUUAAGGAGACGAAGGACUAUCGGUACUCGGUGCCCAAAGAGAAGGUCCUGGAGAACGAUCUGUAUUUGAGAAAUUAUAGCCAACCGUCACUGGACCUGAAGGGCAUGCUGACGAGGUCGUACGAGAGCGGGCGCCUGGCGCUGACGCUGCCCUGGGUCGUGCACUUCCUGUCGAUGCUGGACUACGCCAGCCUCAGGACCAGAUACUACCAAGAACUACUCAAAUUAAUUGAAGAGAUAAAUAAAAAUAAGUUGAACAUGAAAAAGAACACGGCGGUGUACGUGAGGUCGCUGCUGGGCUGGCUGUCCGAGCUGCCGCAGUACCCGGGGGGCCGCUGCGGGGGCCCGGCGGGGGGACUGCGCGCGCCGCCCGCCGGCCCCACGCUGGACUCGUGCGACCUGGUGGACCACUCCAGCAUCCAGGAGCUAUGCCCGGCGCUGCGGAGCCUGGGCGCGCUGCUGGCCACCUGCCGGGCGGAAUACGAGCAGCGGGACAACAGCUUCCGGCACAUCACCCCCGUCAGCCUCAGCCUCAACCACGAGGAACGACUGCGCAACAAGGAAAAGGAGCUGCAGCUCCGCCUCGAGGAGGAGUUCCUCAAGAGCCAGCCGUCGUCCACCCGGCGCGUGCUGGAGCUGGUCAUCGAGCGCGUGACGUCGGCGUGCGUGCGCGAGCUCUCCGCCACCGUGCUGCUGCAGGCGCGCGAGCGGGCGCGGGACGACGCCAGGGCACUCCUCGGCGCCAGCCAGGGGGACGACGAGACGCGGCUGGUGCAGGCGGUGCGCGCGCAGUACGCGGAGCAGGCCCGGCGAGCGCGCCCCGCCGCCCUGCAGUGCGCCCGCCGCACCGCCGCCGCCCGCUGCCGCGCCGCACUCGCCGCGCUGCUGGGCGCGCCCGCACCCCCCGCGCCCCUCGCCGCGCUCGCCGCCGCGCGCGUCGCCCGCCGCCUCGCGCAGUGCCUGCCGCCCGGACCCGACCCCGCCAAUAUCCUCUGCAAAGACAUCAAGGCGGAGAUGAAGCUCCUGACGGCGCCGAGCGAGGCGGCGGGGAGCCCCGGGCCGCGCCCCGCCGCCGCCGCCGCCAUGACGGCCGCCGACUUCGACGCCGUCAACGUCAGCCCCUCCACCUGCAUCAUCACACUGAAGGAAGCGGUGUGCCAGCUGCUGGACGGGGGCUCCCCGGGGGGGCUGGGGGGGCUGCUGUCCGCGUGCGCGCUGGCGUGCUCGCCGCGCAACGUGUUCUGUCGCCCGCCGACACAGCGCGCCAUACUGCAGCUGUCCGUGGACCUUUGCGUCAUAUACGUGAGCAGAAAGCCAAACGAACUAACGGACGAGUUCCUGAACGCUCUGCACGGCGUGUGGGACACGUGCUGCCCGGACCGCCCCCGGCCCCCGCCCCCCGACCUCGCCCCGCCCCCGCGCGCCCCCGACUCGCCGCCCGACGAGGACAGAGCGGGGGCGGCGGGGGGUGCGGGGCCCGGGGGGGCGGCGGACGAGUGCCGCGGGCUGCUGGAGCUGUUCGAUCACAUCCUAUGUCCGCGGAACAUCGUCAUCCUGAGCGCGUCCCCCGGCGCCAAGCCCGACGUGUGGGGGCGCCUCGCCGCCGUGCUCGUGUACCUGCUGAGGAACUACUUCCUGAGCGAGGACUCCCUCACGGAGCAGUGCCUGGCCGUGUACCGGCAGGACUGGCCGCAGUCGACCCUCAAGAGCCUGUCGUCCUGCAUGAAGUCGGUGUCGUCGAGCUGGUGCCAGUCCUCGACGGGGAAGUUCACGCUGUUCCUGGAGUUCCUGGCGGAGUACUGCGGGGACAUGGACUACGAGCCCGCCGACUGACGCACAGCUCCACGGGCCCAACAGUCGCCGAGGGCGGUGUACGAAUGUAGUACUCGAGUGCUGACGUCACGACGACUAAAAAGUACAUUACAGAAAAGUUAUAUAUAUAUAUAUAUCGAUUUAAUUUAUAUAAUAAUAUGUAUAUAAAUAAAUACCUGGUCCUGGACCUCGCCGAGAUGAGCGGGUUAGACAGAAAAAAAUCAUAGUUUAUUGAAGUGAAACUUCUUUAUCGGCGUUGGAAAAAAAAUUACCGUCACAUUUUUCGGUUACGCGUCACAUUUUUCCGUUACGCGCCAUCUUUUUCUUCACCAUUCAUUGUUGCCGUACACAAGUGAAGGUGCCUCUUUACUCGGUAACAAUAAUUAUAAAAUACCGAUGAUUUUAAGUGGAGAUUUUAAUGUAAAUUUUGCAUCGGAAAAUUCUUUGAAGCUAGUUGAAUUUCUGAAAGAUAAAUUGAAUUUAUCCAUGAAAAACAGUCCUCAAACGUCAACAACAAGAUCUGGCACUACAAUUGAUGGAGUUUUUACUCGGUCACUAAAUUUCGUGGAAUGUAAACCAUAUAUUUCCAUAAGCCAUUAAUUACAAAAAUAUAUAAUGACAAUGACAAUGAUAGUAAUAAUUCUAUUACAAUUAAUGAAAUGCUGUAAUAAUCUUAGUAGCAAAAAGGUAAAGUGAAAUAAUUGUAUUAUUUGUAUUCAUGUCUAUGAUAAUAAAAUCCUUUUGUUUAAACUUUAUCUAAUUUAACUUUAUUUAACCAAUUUCUAGAAAGUUGCAUGUAGAUCAUUUUUCGAAAAAUAAGGCCAUAAACAAGUUUCACUUCUUACGUGUGUACACUAGUACACGCACACAUUUUUUUUAUUAAAGCAUGUUUUGUUGUAAGUAACAUUACGUCGAAACACCCCAACAAAAUAUAUUAAAAGUAGCGCGUUAUCUACGAAUUCAAAUUAAUUAUUUAAUAAGUAAGGAUAUGAUAUUGGUGAUGCCCGUGGACAGAUGCACGAGUCGUCAGCUGGCGGCGUUGUGGCCAUGCGAAUUUCAAGUGCCAACUGUUUUAAUUUUGGUAACCCUUUUAGCGCUGAGCUUAUUUUCAAUUAUUUUGCAAGUUGUUUAUGGAUGUUUGAAAGAAAAUACCUGAUAAUAAAGUUUUAACUUAAAAAAAUACACAAAUCAAUACGAAAAUUCGCAGCAAAAUAAUUUUAUACGGUUAUUUGUAAAUGUUAUUAAUAUAUGUUAUAGUCGAUAUUCCGACGCUCCGCACUUGAUCGCGUCGAUAUAUCGACGGUUCGCGCUCAAAGGGGUGUUUCUGCAGGUUUGAAUGGCAGACUGUUUAGCGUCUGCGCGAGCGGGGGGGAAUCAAACCCACUGAAAGUAACUUGGCGAAAUCCUCCAAAGACUCCACUGAAGUCUUUAGUAAACAACUGCCACUGUACAGAUAAUGAAUUAACUUCAACUCAUUGAUUUUAUAUAAUUUUUCAUAAAACAGAAUGUAAAAAAAAAAACUUGGCUUAAAGGUCUCAUUACCGGGACAAGAAAUCUUCAAAAUAAAAAAGCUGGACCUCUAAUGGUGUCUUAAAGGACUUGGAACUAAUUAACUGAACGUGCAUUUAAUUACAUUAAUGUUUUUUUUUUAUUAAUGACAUCCCAUAUCAGUUUAAUUCCAUUAAAUAAUAAAGUCCAAUCAAUUAUAUUUGUUUUGCACUAUGCAUUUUUAUAACCAGGAGUUGCGAUGAAGUUUUUAAGCUUAAACGAGUCUCGUCCAGACUCAUCUAUACAGAACUAGUCGGUGGGGGGCAGAGCCGGACUCAAGCAUGGGGGCUCUUCAACCGAAGGGGGGGGUGGAAUUUGGUACAUUAUUGAAAAUUAAAUGCAUACGAUUUACGUGCUUUAUUUCGUUAACUCGGUGUGCCUUCGAGCUUAAGCUUUUGAUAAUGAAGGCUUUUUGGUCGCUUAAUAGGGGUCCCGAGAUGGGGGACCAAAUCCGCUGAUGUGUCCCUCGUCUCAUGAGGUCUCUGGUGCGACAGGUACACACCGCUUGAAGGCUUCUGGUCACGGAAUAUUUGUGUGUACACAUGUCGUCCGCGUCAUAAUAUUAUGAUAUGGAGCUGACAGGUGUGAAGAUGUUAACCAAAAACUAGUGGGGCGUGUGUUUCGCUUCGAGUAGAUUCGGUUACUAACUGCCUCUGUGUUAUCCCUGUAACGUUUUUAUAGUCGAUACGACAUCCCUAGGAUUAUCGAGAACAUUCCUGACAGGUCGAGUAAUUUCGAUAUGUGUUUCCGCUAUUUUAUAAUAGAUGGCGUUGUACUUUUCGAGCGUUCUCGAUUUUACAGGUUCUUUCGUUUCGCUAUUCGACGGUAGAUGGCGUUACUCUUACCUGCGUAACAAUAUUUUAAAAUGCUUUCACAGGUUUGAGGAAAGAUUAAAAAACAGCUUUUAUUGAUUUAUUUCGGUUUUUUCAACUAAUAUAAUUGAGGUCCUCCGUGACUCACGGAAACGGUAAAGUUUUCGCGAUGCAUGUAUAAGUUUUUUUUACUUUUUUUACCAAAAGUCCCGACUGUGUAAAUGUUGACAAAGCUUACGACUGUCGAACUUAAAGCUGCCGUUCGUUCCGUCCAAAUGAACUGCUUAUCCCCAGAAGUCAUUUCCUCCAGGUAACCAACGAAUAAUAAUAUAUAAUAUGCGGUAUACUCAAUUUUAAUUAGCAUUUUAGAUUCAAGGAUGUUUAUAAAUAAAUAAAAAUGUACUUUAAGAGUAAUCUGACAAAUAAAUUAAUGGAAAUGGCAACACCACGUAAUGUAUUAAUGUGAACAUGUAACACCACGUACAUAGGUGUCUUAUUGGAAUAAAAAUAAGAAAGUACAGUAUUUUAUUAGAAAAAAAAUGUAUGUAAUAUAAAUAAUUAAUAACA